AUGACGGCUUCGUUUGUCGCAGAACUGGACAAAGUUGUUGAAAGGGUUCAAAGUGAAAAAACACCAGAGACAAAGUUCAACGUUUCAGGAAUUGAAAUGGUGAACUUGUCAACAAGACUGGCCGAUGCAUCAACGGAUGAAAAACGUAAAGAAGUAACGGAGCCUGCUCAGCGUCAGAGAUCGCCAAGGCCGAAACGAACAAUCAAGCUUCCGGCGGCACUGCGGUCACCGUACGUGCAACGACCUGUUAUGUUGAGAACCGUUCGUGAUAAUGCUGAAGAAACACUUGCUCGAUGUAUAUUUUCUGCAGUAGGAAACGUAUGGGAUAUUUUGUUCAGCGACAACGGUAACGUGUCGGUUAUGAGGGGGCCUUUUGAAUCGAUGAUGCCUGGUGUAACUCUGCACGUGAAUGUCAUCAGUGCCUGGGCCGCAUUGUUGAACCAUGAAGAAAAAAAGAGGAGGAUGGGGACAGCCCCAAGAUUAUUCUGCAACGCAGGAAUGCUGCUGGAAAAAGAUUUCGCGUUGUCUGAAGAUGGACGAUUAGCAGAAUUUACGAACAACAUGAAUGUUGUGCUUGAUUCAACAGAACCAAAAGUAUUUAAAGGCAACUUUGAGAUGGUGUUUAUACCUAUGUUGACCGGGCAACAUUACUAUCUGCUGUUUUUCAACUUGAGAACAAGAGAUGUCUUUAUUAUUGACAACAUAGAAGGUGCUGCAGGCUUAGAAAGAUACCAAGGAAAUGUGGAGAAGAUGAUAAGUACAUUUUGUCGGUAUCUAAGACCGAUGCAUCCAAAAAUCGCUGCACAGCUAAGGAAUACACAACCAGUUCGACUAGAGUUGCCAUGGCAAACACUUUACAAUGGCAUCGACUGCGGUAUUUUCCUUAUGCGGCAUAUGGAAACUUACAAUGGAACACACGUUGGACAUUGGAUGUGUGGUUUAUCUAAUAAGAGGGACGUUACUGGCUUGGUUUUGCCUGAUCAAGCACGCGAAAUCGAGGAUCUGCGUAAGAAGUAUCUCUAA